AUGCCUCGUCCUAGAAGGCCUGGUGCACCUGAACCGAAGCGGAGAAGCCGCAAAGGAUGUUGGCCAUGUAAAGCACGAAAGGUCAAAUGCGGCGAAGAAAAGCCGUCCUGUCUCAAUUGUCGACGGCAAAGAGAACCAUGUGAUUAUAGCAUCCGUUUGAAUUGGGAGGGUAGGACGAAAAGGAAUUCAGUAGAAUCUCCAGGCUCGUCCAGUGGCCACUCAGGAGGGUUUGUUUUCUCCCUGCCUCUUUCGCCGCCUGCCCCAGUUCAACCGCCCAGUUCGUCCAAUACGCCACGAAACAACUCAUCGCUGGACCUUACCAAUGAGAAUAUAUUCUGGGACUCCGAUGUCCCAGGAGCCUCUACACCAGAGACAUCCUACGCUGGAGGUCUCCACGACUUCCACGGAUCUCCUGCUUUUCCUGGCCAGCCAUUGGACCAUUUCAAUCACGCAGACACAACUACCUCAGAAGCGGUGAAGUCACCGCCACAACUGCAGGAUAUUAUUAUCGCAUGGCCAGUGCAGUCUCCUCAGUCAAUGACGCCAAAUGCCACAGAGAGUAUCCCUGUAUGUAGCUCAUCGCUUUCAUACGUGGACGGUGUGCAAUUCCCUUCGCCAGUCGAUAGAAGCUCCAGUAUAGCACCUUUUGGCAUAUUUCCCUUUACACCCAGCUCAGUCUCGAGACCAACGUCAUCUCUCCGCCAGUCUAUGGAAACUUCCAAGCGAUCAAUAGACAUUUCGUCAGAAUACGACGAUAUGGUGUCCGGUCAACAGGCCAAGCGUCCCAAAGUCCCUCGGUAUCCCUUCCUUGCUGACACACUGCAUUUCUUUCCACAUGAAGACUCGCCAGCAGAUAUCUCCAUGAAUUUGGAAGGGGGAAUAUCUUCUCAUCCAAGGAAGAUGAGUUUGUCUUCAUCGUACAGUGCACAGCAAAAUACUCCGACCUCAUCGAACGACUCCCCCGUUGCUGUGCAAGACAUUUACACCAAAGAUACACCUAGGUCAUUGAUCUUGGAUAAUUGUUUGUACAAGUCAAGUGGUCAGCCAGUGGGCAUCCAAUCUAGCCAGGCCGGGGGCGUCGAUGAGGAGGCACGCCAGACUGAUGGUUCAGCUUCCAAAAGGAAAUGGCACGUAUAUCUUACCAGUGUAACGGACAAUUAUGGAUUAGACCGUGGUAGCCCUGACUUGGACUUGAACAAAAACGAUGAUCAUGCUGCGAUCGAUAUCAAUUCCGCGCUAGAUUUGAUAAAUUCACAAUGGAAAACUCCUCAUGUUUCUGAACCGGGUAACGCCCAAGCACAGCCCAGAGAAGAAGACUCUUACUCUAGACAUUCUUAUUAUGUGUCUCCUGUGCCUAUAAAUAUUCCGAGAUGCCUAUCGCCGUUGCCUUCAACACUUCUGGGGAAUCCAAUCAACUUGAUGUAUUUCCACCACUUUAUCAAUCACACGGCCAGGAUGUUGGUUCCACACGAUUGCGAUGACAACCCAUUUAUCUCAGUUCUACCAUCAAUGGCUAUUAUGGAUUCCAACCUUUUAAACCUCACGCUGGCAUAUUCGGCCAGUCAUCGUGCCCGAUAUUUGGACCACCCCGAGCCUUCCAAUCGAAUCGCGCACUGGGUCAGCAAUGUAUUUCCGACUCUACGUCUGGCCCUGGAUGACCCGCAUGAAAACGUUACCGACAGUCAUCUGGCGACGGCUAUCAUGCUUCUCUCGUUGAAGAUUAUAUCUCCUAGCACUUUCGAGGUACCAAUCCCUUGGCAAAGCCACCUCAAACUUGCCCGUGAUCUAUUUAAUGCCCACGGAGAGCAAAUGGCAUAUCCUGGAAAUCGUAUUGGAGCAUUUUUUGCUCGCUGGCUAGGGUAUAUCGAUAUCAUGGGAGCUUUGUCUUGCCGACUCAAUGAACCGCCAUUACUCACAUAUCAUUCUGUGUUAACUACCUGCUGCCCAGAAGGGGGAAAUGAUGAUUUCUGCAUUGACUGUUUUACUGGUUUUACACCACGAACCGGUGUGUUUCUGUCGCGCCUGGGCAAAUUAGUUCACCAGUGCGACAAUCAACGUUUUGACGAUAUGGGGACUUUCCGCUCCGACUGGAGACCACCGGAUGAAGUGGUUCUUGAAGCCGAAUCGUUGAUCACAGACGUGGAGUAUGUACAUAUGCGGGCCCAUGCCAGUGGAAAGCAUUACCAAAAUUUGGGAUCCACGGACAUUGUUGCUAUUGAUCAGGCGUUUCGAUUCGCAGGAGUCCUUCAUCUCCAUCGCCGCGUUUUGGGGACCUCUCCAUAUUCCUCCCCGGUCAAAGAGGCAUUAGACCAGCUUACCGAAGCGCUGCGCAGAAUAAAAACGAAUACACCUGCCGAAGUCGGGGUCUUGUUUCCACUGUUUACAGCAGGCUGUGAAACUCAAGAUCCUCAGCAAAAGAAGGAAAUUUUGGAAAGAUUCAGGAGCUUGGAAAAGACGGGCAUGAAACAGAUUCAAAAUGCACGAAAAUUGAUGCAGCGCUGCUGGGACGAGGACUCGCCAUGGAUUACUUUGGCCCAAGGAGAAUUCCUGGGAUAA